GUGGGAAUUGGCCAUGGCGUCGCUCAGCUGCAGCACUGUGGUCUGCGUGAUCUGCUUGGAGAAGCCCAAGUACCGCUGCCCGGCCUGCCGCGUGCCCUACUGCUCGGUGACCUGCUUCCGGCACCACAAAGAGCAGUGCAACUCUGAAACUUGUCCUGUUGAGAGAAAAAUAAGAUUGACUGUUCCUGCAAAAACUGUAAAGCCUGUGGAAAACAAAGAUGAUGACAACUCUAUAGCUGAUUUUCUCAGUAGUGAUGAGGAAGAGGACAGAGUUUCUUUGCAGAAUUUAAAGAAUUUAGGGGAGUCUACAGUGUUAAGAAGGUUGUUGCUGAAUCCACACCUGAGACAGUUGUUGGUUAGCCUCGACCAGGGGGACGACAAAGCGAAGCUCAUGAGAACCUACAUGCAGGAACCCUUGUUUGUGGAGUUUGCAGACUGCUGUUUGAGAAUCGUGGAACCACCUCGGAAUGAGGAUGCUUGACUCCCGGAACCGGCCCACUCCUCUUCCAGGAGAUCAGCUGGGAGAGGCUUGGGGAGACUCAUAAGUGAGAGAGGAGACUUCCAGAAUGCAGACUGGCUAAUGCAGGUUGUCCACGUCUUCACCUUCAUCAACGUGGCUCAUGUUUCAGGCAUGUUGCAGCCCUCAAGGUGGCAAAUACUUUGAGAGAAAACCUGACAUUCAGAUAGUUGUUUUUAAACGUUUUAUUUUUGGUACAUUGAUAAAUGUAAAUGAUACCAAGUUUUUCACUUGAUAUUGAGUUAAAAACUUCAUCAGUGUUACUAAAAAAAUCAAGAUGUGAUGGUUCUUUUGUACAUUGCAUUGUUCACAAUGUUAAAAAUUACAUUAAAUAAGUCAACAACUUAUUAAA